UUUUGGUUUUUGCAUGAAUGAGUGGUUUCUCUCUCGCUGUGGCUUAAUAAAGCUGCUGUUCUUCUUGUUUUUGGGGUUGCUCGAUGUCUCUGAGAGGAAAUUCGAUUGAUUUCGUCUAUCAGCGUCACGAUCGGAUAUCUUCUAAGAGGAAAUUGGACGAUUAUGGGGCCUCUGACGAGGAUUUCUCCGAUUUAUUGAGAAGAAUGAAGAAAGAUGAAGCCGACGCUGUCAAUUCGUCCGCUACCAGUGUCGGAGGAGGAAAUGAAUCUGAUUUUUCUGAUGCUUCAUCAGUUUCUUCUAAUCGCUAUACCGAUGCAGGGGUCGGAAGCUCUGUUUACAGGUUGCAGUUCUUUGUGCGCGCAUUUUCUGGUGGUAAUACCAUUGUUAUACAUGCCAGUCCUGAUGAUUCUGUCGAGUCUGUUCAUGAACAAAUUCGCAAAAUCACCGGGAUUCCCAUCAUAGAACAGCGUUUGAUAUACCGUGGCAGGCAGUUGCAGUGGGAACAGUCGCUUGUACAGUGUGGCGUCCAGAACGAUGCUAGCCUUCAGCUUGUUGGACGUAUGAGGAGCACUGAGUAUCCUCGAACUUGGCAGGUCGUCAAUGAUUUGGUCUCCUCUAUAUGCCGGCUCUGUAGAGAGGAGGCGCCCCAGCCACCUCGAUCCUACAGAUACGUCAGAGCUCGUGUGGAGGAGUUCUUAAGAAUGACUCCCAAUGACGAUUACGAGUUGGCCUCGGGGCAUAUUCAGAUCUUCAAGUCCGCUGGUGCGCCGACUGCUCUCGUCAUGCUCUUCCUUUCGCCCAUUAAAGGGAACAAACAGUGUGCGGAGGGUGCAAUUCGGCCUUUUCUCACCCCGAACGUCGAGUCACUGCCAAAAUCCGUGCAGGCUCAGUGUGCUUCCAUUGUGCUGGAAUUCUGUAAGUUGCUCACCAGAACUUCUCGUGAGGACCCGCUUUACAUAUCAUGCCGAAACACUCUAGGUUCAUUGUUAGAAACCUUCGCGUUGGCACAUGAGUCCAUAUGCUUUGGUAACGAGAAGGCAUCCGUUGUAAUUCGAGAGUUUUACCCACUAGUACGUGAGUUGGCAAACCGGCUUUUGGUGGGUUUAGAGUUGAGUAAGAACUCGUCGUCGCAGUGUGUUAUGUUAUCAGUAAGCGACGUCCGUGAUCUCUCUGCAUUCUUGUUGCCCUUGCGGAGAGCAAUUGAAGACCAAUUAAUCGGAAAUGGUCCCGGGCGUAUUACUUUACUUAACGGUGAUAAUAGUUCAUCCUGCGGGGGUGAGAUUGAAUUACUCCACAAUAUUUUCCUUGAGUUGCUGGAAAAGAUUGAUCAAUGCUUAAUAACAGUGGAGGGGUUUCUGGCAGCGAAAGUAGGCUGUGAAAGUGAAGGCCGUCGAUUUGUCUGGUCCCAAUAUCUAGCUAUUUUGAAGGAACUAAAUAGCAUUGCUAAACUUUAUCAUGGCGCUGAAGACAAACUUCGUUCUGUUAUGAUGCCGAGGCGAAGUUCACUGAAUACCAUUAUUAGAUACACAAAGCGAUAUGAUGAACACCGCUGGUUUCUUGAGCAUAAAGAUGUGACAGAUUUUGAAUCUAGGAGGCAUUUGGCGAUGAUGAUGUUUCCUGAGGUGAAGGAUGAGUAUGAAGAACUCCACGAGAUGCUCAUAGACAGGUCCCAAUUACUGGCUGAGUCAUUUGAGUAUAUCACAAAUGCCGAGUCUGAAGCAUUGCAUGGUGGCCUUUUCAUGGAAUUCAAAAACGAAGAAGCUACAGGGCCCGGUGUUUUAAGAGAGUGGUUCUGCUUAGUGUGCCAAGCAAUAUUCAAUCCUCAAAAUGCCCUUUUUCUAGCUUGUCCAAAUGAUCGCAGAAGGUUCUUUCCUAAUCCAGCUUCUAAUGUGGAUCCUUUGCACCUUGACUAUUUUGGGUUCUGUGGUCGUGUGAUUGCGUUGGCCUUGAUGCAUAAAGUGCAUGUAGGAAUCGUAUUUGAUCGUGUUUUUUUCCUGCAAUUAGCUGGAAAGUUUAUUUCUUUAGAAGAUGUUCGUGAUGCAGAUCCAUGCUUUUAUUCCAGCUGCAAAAUGAUUUUAGAGAUGGAUGCUGAUUUUUUGGAUUCAGAUGCUUUAGGACUGACGUUUGUCAGAGAAAUUGAAGAGUUGGGGUCCAGGAGAGUUGUGGAUCUGUGUUCUGGUGGAAAGGGCAUUGUUGUGAAUAGUAGAAACAGACAGAAAUAUGUAAACUAUCUCAUUGAGCACCGCUUUGUCACAUCUAUCUCGGAACAAGUAGCUCAUUUUGCCCAAGGAUUUGCUGAUAUUCUUUGUGACUCUAAGCUCAGCAAAUUCUUUUUCCAAAGUUUGGAGCUUGAAGAUUUCGACCGAAUGCUGCAUGGAAGUGAUAAAGCAAUUUGUGUGAAGGACUGGGAAGCACACACUGAGUACAAUGGCUACAUGGAAACUGAACGGCAGAUCUGUUGGUUUUGGAAGGUUGUUGAAGAAAUGUCUGCAGAGCAGCUGAGGGUACUUCUCUUCUUCUGGACGUCGUUAAAAUACCUUCCGGUGGAGGGCUUUGGUGGCUUGACUUCUCGGUUGUACAUAUACAAGACGACAGAGUCCCAUGAUCACCUACCUUCAUCACACACAUGCUUCUACCGGUUGUGUCUUCCACCUUACCCAUCACUGGCCAUCAUGCGGGAUCGUCUAAAUAUCAUUACCCAAGAACAUGUGAGCUGUAGCUUUGGUAUGUGGUGAGAAGAUGGCCAGAAUCAGUGAGCUAUCUUAGUGAUGAUGGAUUCUGCUGCAUUUGAAAUCGGCUAAACCUGUACAGUACUUAGGAUCAUAAGUUAUCUGUUCUCUUGGGGAAUGUAAGAAGUUGCUAGUUUGAUUGUUUCCCUU